GGACAGUGUGUGGACUUCAACGGUGACAGAUAAGCUAAGUAAGGUUGUUUAUGCGCUCAGAGAGAAUGGACAUGCUUCACAUCCUCCUCAUAACUCAGUGUUUGUGGGGUGCACUAUCGGUGCCCUUGCCUAACGUAAUUGAGCUCGAAAACGUCUUGGACAUAACUGAAAUCAACAAAGGUUUGGACAUGAGUGAAGGGGAUAUUGCAGAAGAUGACCAGAGGAGUUCCAUUGUGAGAGACAGUCAGUGGGACUCGUCAGUGCCAUAUGAGCUAGAUGCUGGUCUUGAUAUGAAUGCAAAGGGCAUAAUCCUGAGAGCUUUUGAACAAUUCAGGCUGAAGACAUGCAUUGACUUCAAACCCAGAAAAAGUGAAUCUCACUACAUCUCAGUUGAGAAACAGAAUGGGUGCUGGUCCUACGUUGGGAAAAAUGGAAUGAAGCAGACUCUGUCCAUUGGCAAAGACUGUGACCAUAUUUCUUUUGUGGAGCACGAGUUUCUGCAUGCUCUAGGCUUCUUGCAUGAGCAAUCUAGAUACGACAGGGAAGAUUACAUCACCAUCAACUGGAAAAAUGUUGUUCCAGGCAUGGCGUACAAUUUUGAAAGAUAUGGCGAGGCGAUCAGCAGCACCUUGGGCACGCCGUACGACUACUGGUCCAUCAUGCACUACGGCCAGGACGCUUUCAGCGACAAGACAGGGCCGACCAUUCGCACCAAUGACGCCAGUUUCCAAGAUGUGAUUGGCCAGCGCCUGGAGAUGAGCUUUUAUGAUGUAGAGGAGGUCAACAGGCUGUACAAGUGCGAGGAGUCAGUGUCCUUCCUGGAGCACUGCAGCUUUGAGGAUGAGGGCAUGUGUGGCAUGUCGUCCUGUGGAUGGAAGAGAGUGAGCAGAGCUGAUGAAGGUCCCCACUGUGACCACACGCACCUGGGCACUGGCAAGCAGGGUUCCUUCGUGCAUUUCAGCAACCUGGGAGAAGAACCUGCUCUCUUGACCUCCAGGAGGAUGAUGCCCAGGAGAAGCUGCAAUGUCCAGUGUCUCCAGUUCUUCUACCAUCACCAUGGAGAUGAAACAGAUCAGCUCAACGUCUGGAUCAGGGAAUUUGACAAUGUCACUGAUGCAGGGACACGAAGACUCAUGGGACGGAUCUCAGGAUCCCCAGUUGAUUACUGGCAGCUCCACCAUGUUACCCUGAACGCCUCCAAGACCUUCCAGGUGGAGUUUGAGGGCCUCAGGGGAUCAGGGUCUUCAAGCGGAGGCUUCUCUGUGGAUGACAUCAACCUCUCAGAGACCGAAUGUCCCCAUCACACAUGGCAGAUACGAAACUUCAGCAAGGCGCUUAAAAACAGCGCUCAAACCCCUUUCCUCUACAGUCCCAAAUACUACUCCACUGAUGGCUACAGGUUCCAAAUUAUGCUGAAGAUGACAAAGGACCACUUAGGUGCCUUUGUCCGUCUAGUUUCUGGCUCCAAUGACGACAAGCUGCAGUGGCCUUGUCCUUGGAGGCAGGUGACCAUCGAGGCACUUGACCAGAACUCCCACCUCCAGCACCGCAUGUCUGCUCAGAUCAGCAUGACCACAGACCCAAUGCAGAUGGGACAGAAUGCAUCUAUCUGGGGGAACCCGCGUCAUGUGGGAGUUUUGGACGAGAGCUCAGAGGGUGACUACGUUACAGAUGGUUGGGGCUACAAGCUCUUCAUGACCCAUAAGGAGAUGAGGUCCAGAGAGUUCCUGAAGGGAGAGGAUAUGUUCUUCCUCAUAUCAAUGCAAGACAUCUCGUCGCUGGCUCAGGGGAACGCUCUUCCAUGUCCCAACUAUGCUGCUGCAGAUACGCAUCAAGAGUCACCAGAUGCAUAACCAGAGCUGCUUUAGUAGGCCACAGCUCCAGGAUCACACUUGACAGCAGUUUUGGACUUAUGAUAGAACAUAAUUCUAAUUCUAGAACAGAUUCAUGGCUCAUAGUUGUGUGCUGUAUGUGUUGUGUAUUGAAAAAAAGCCUCCCAAACCGCAAAACUUUCAGUCAUUCAGUCAAAUAAUUUCACAGGGCCAUUGCACAUUUGUGUAUGAAAAUGUCCACAGCACUUUGAAGGAGUAACAAAGGAAGAACCGAUUGUUCAGCUUUGUAUUUGAAGAGUUUAUUUGCAAAAUGGUGUAUCUCCAUUGUUUGACUUAUGCAUUUUAUUCUUGAAAAUCACUGUUCAGAGGUCUUAUCACCUAUGUGUGAAUUCUUACCAUUCAAACAUUUUGAGAACAUACUUGUUAAGCUAUAUAAAAUGCAUUUUACAAUGCAAUUCAAUGAAAUGCCCAAUACAAAAAUGUACAAAACCGUUUUGCAAAUAAACUCUUCAUUUGUAAAUGUACGUUUAUGCUGUAUGAUGUCAAAUAUGCUCAUUGGUGUAACAAUAUAAGUGUUAAUGUAAAUUAAAUGCCAGUACCUGGUCUAUGUGUA